UAAACUAAUGCAGGAAUGUUGUUUUAAGCGUUAGUCAAAGGAGUUACCGUUCCUUUUUCCACAAGAAAUGAAAAAACACUAUUUUCUGCCUGCUGGACCAUCUAUAGAAUGGAUUAUUUGUGGAAUAAAUUGGUAGUUUCCACCCUUUUUUUUUAAAUGUUCACAUGAUGGCCUCAUUUGCAUUCAAAUGGAUCCUUGCUCCUUGAUAAACUGGCUCAACUUUCCAACACAUUUCUAUGGAAAUCUGCUCAGUGAUUCCACAGACUCACCGCCACUGAAAAGAAAGCAACCCACGUUGUGCUCUCUAUUAAAAAUAAAGACAAAUGAGUCUCCAGUAAAAGACAGAAGAACAAGAAAGUCAUUAGGAGGAAUCAAUAUAGAUAUGGGGUUAUCUACAGGGAUGACGUAAUGUGUAUGCUAAUGGACGCUUCCUCCGGGGGGCUGCUUUUGACAGAGGCUCGACGAUGAAUCGCUCAGUGCUGCGGUCAGGUGAGCUCCGGCUCCCCCCCGCUCCACUGAGCAGAUGGUUCAGUCCACAUGCAGUUGAUAGUUGUUGCUGAGGAGGUUCCUCCACAUACCGUUGAACCUGCUCUCAUCCCGGGUCCUGCGGCUGGAGGCUGCGCUGCUUUUCCCAACAUGUCCCCGUCUUCUCACCGGAGCUACCGCGGAGGACACGGCGUGGUCGCGUUCCUCCACGUUUUAUUGAGUAUAACAGGUUUGUGCUGCAGUCAGGUGGUGGUACCUCAGAGGGUGAGUGCUGUGCUGGGGAAGAAUGUGACAUUGGAGUGUAGGGUGGAAAUGGACUUGGUCGCGGAAAUAAACCUCACUCUCACUCAGAGUUCCUGGGAGCGUCGCUUACCUUCAGGCUUCGUCACCUUGGCUGUCUACAGCCCGAAGUUUGGCAGCUCCAUCCCAGAGCUUAGUCACCGCUUGCAUUUCCGCUCACCCUCCUUUUACGAUGCCACCAUCGUCCUGGAAAACGUGGGCUUUGCUGACGUCGGGAUCUACACCUGUAAGGCCGCUACAUUUCCUAUGGGAAACUUCCAAGCCUCCACUACGCUCAAUGUGCUCGUUGAGCCGAAGGUCUACGUGUCAGCAGGUUCAACCGCCCUGAUCGAUGGUGGCAAUGAAACCGUGGUGGCCACCUGUAUCGCUGAGCGGGCUCGGCCCCCUGCUGAGGUGUCCUGGGAGUCCAACCUGUUUGGCCAGUCAGAAGUGCAUCUGUUCGACGAGGUCAACGGCACCACCAGCACACAGGUGCGCUACCUCUGGCAGCCCACACGCCACGUCCAAGGCCAUGCGCUCACCUGUGUGGUCCGCCACCCAGCGCUGCUGAGUGACUUCAGGAUCCCAUACCAGAUCAACGUGCAGUUUGCUCCUGACAUCUCAGUUGUGGGCUACGAUGGAGACUGGUUUGUGGGUCGGGAAAACGUUCAAAUGACUUGCAAGGCCAACGCAAAUCCACCAGCUCAUCACUUCAGAUGGAUCAGAUUGGACAGUGAAAUGCCAGAAGGGGUGGAAAUAAGGAAUAGCACUCUGCUCUUCCUGCGUCCCCUUCAGCGGAAGGAUUCUGGAGUAUACAGGUGUGAGGUUGCCAAUGACAUCAACCUCCGCAGUCGGGAUGUGCGCAUUCUCAUACAAGAUCCUCCCACCAUGCCUUCCACCAUUACUGCUCCUGUCCUAGCUGGCUCUGCCUCCUCCACCUUAGUGGAUGAUAAGGGCCAUGUCCUCCUCAUCUCCCCCACACGUGAAGCCCUUCCUGAGAGUAAUCUUGGUUCCAUAGUGGGUGGUGCUGUGGGUGGGACCUUGUUCCUGCUACUGCUGCUGUCUAUCGUAGGCAUGUAUUACCUACGCAAACAGCAGACCUUCCACGGGAAUUACUCCACCCAGCUGUACCUGGGUCCCAAUCACCACCAGAAAGCCCCUACGCAGCACGAGCUCCGCCCAACCAAAGCCGGCAGCAGCUCCUUCCGCCGAGACCACGACCGGGAGGAGUGGGGCGACCGCCAGCUCAAACAAGAGCAUAGCGGCUAUAACGGAGAGGAGUAUCCCCCUAAUGGCUUCACUAGGGCAAUGAGGGAGAGCAGUCACCUCUGCAAAGAGCAGAAUCACCAGCGUGAACACACACAGUAUUCUAGCCCACGGCAGGCCCGACUCCCGCAUCCGCCAAAACCACAGGGAAACGGCUCCUCCUACCAGUCAGAUGACUGCUACGAUAGCGGGACUGAUGCGGACUAUGUCUCUCACACAGAUGGCUCGGUCAUCUCGCGUAGGGAGUUGUUCGUUUGACAAGCUACAUGAUUCUGCAGGAGCAGAAAAUGAAGUUUUCAUUUAUUUGAUUAAGAGAAGAACCACAUUAUUUCUGUUUUGUACGCACACAGUCCUUUAAUUUUCUUGUUUUACAAGCGUCCUGGGCAACACUUGAUCUAAAGUUUUCUCUUUGUCAUGGGGAAAGACUGUGGACUGUUCAGCCCCACACCUACAUGCCUACAGAGGUGGGCAUGUCACUAGUUUAUGUGUGCAGUCUAACAAAAGGAGUAAGUAUGUGCUGUUUCUGCCUUACUACAUGGACUGCCAAUGUAUUUAGUAUUACUCUUGUAGUUCAGUGGAGUGAAAGGCUUCACAUAUGUUAGAAGAAAGUAGUUUUUUCUACAAAAUCUGCCUUUUUGGGCUAUGUGAUGCUUAUUUGUAUAUAUGUUGCUAUUGAUAACAUUGAGUACAGUUAUUUCAUCUCUGAUUAUAAUUUGCCAAUAGUUAAGAAUGAUGCAGAACCGAUUGAAAAUAAAUUAAUUUUCCCAAAAUCCAGUAUAGGGCACAGCAGAGCUGAUUCAAAAAAGGUCUUGCUGAGAAAUCACUAUCCCUCCAUGCUUAGUGACCUCGUGCUCAAACAUAUUAUUGCACUUCCCUUUGCAUAACUUAAUAAUGGGCAAACCGGAUCAUCAGACCUUAUUUAAAUUACCGCAAUGGGAGAUUGUGAGGUCGAGGACUUGACCACCGAUGUCCUAGUAGCGUCCUUUAAAAAGAAUGGCCCAGAGUGGGAAACCUAAGAGCAUUUCUACCGUAUGUCCUCCGCUCGUCUUAUAUCCCCAGGAGGCAUGGGUGGAGAGAGGCUAAGCAGAAAAGCCUGUGUGCAUGAGGCACAGUCCACUGUAGCAACCGACUCAGUCUGUCACACAGUCGAACUUUGAUAUGCAAAUUUGCCACACCAUCCUCUCUGUCCACUGCAAGUAGAAAUGAGUUAGAAUAUUAUUACUCAUUUAUUUUUUAUCCCUCGCAUGGUGGUUAUGGAUAUGUUUGUGUAUUCGCUCUCCAGUCCCAAACCAGGACUCUGGGAAAUGUUUGGAUGUUAGAAGCGGGUCGUCAGGAUGGCAGCCACCAUUCACUGGCCUCCUUGUCCCAAAGUAUUUUGUCUCACAAAGAAAUUAUUCAGGAGUGCAGCCAGGACACUAUUACAAAUAACUACCCAUGGUCUAAUUUCACUACUCUCUGUCAUCUGUUGAAACAAGAAGCAAUUACAAUCUGAGGCAUCAAUGGGCUUAUUGUGGCUUUCCAUGUGUGCAACUGCCCAAUCUAAUUAUACCAACCAGUUAUUUGAAGCAUUUAUGAUUACUAUUAGUUGUAUAACAACUCAUACUAUUAGAUAAAUCAGACAAAUUAGAUAUUUUGUGCUGGAUAUGCUGUCUCUGUCACCUGUGGUUAUCAAACUGUCCACUCAGUGCUUUAUCCAAAGCACAGUGCUUACUCAUCAGAAGGGACAGACAAUUUGUGUUAGUGCACUGAUGAUUAAAUCUCUGCCUUUGAAAAGUGAUGAAAAUAAUCCGGCUUGAGUUGCAACUAAUUCUGUAUUUAUUUGUUACCAGCCUUAUUUUACUGCCCAUUAAGGUGCUGCAAGGUGUGCAGGAGUAUGCCGGAACAGAGGUCUAAGUGUAUUUCAUAAGUCUGUGUCCAGUGGUUCAGGAGUCGAAGCUAUUACAGAGUUCAAGAAAUCUUCUCAGUUUUUGUAUGUGACACAGAAAGUGUUAAACAGUUCACCAGACUGCAUGGAGGAUAUCCCACAGUUCAUUUCAUGUACACUAGUGUUUGUGAAUACAUGACCUCUUCAGUAGUGUGGUCACCUUUACAAUAUUUGCAGACAGAUGCCAAAUAUUUGUUGAACUUACAUUAUAGAUAUAAUAUGAUGAUGUCAGUGUGUCUCACAUAAGUAUUAAGUGACUAGGUAGCAACUGAUUAUUAUUCCGUAACUUCUAUAAACGCCUAACGUAUCACUUUUGUAUACAGGGUCUUGUAGCCUGAAAUAGAAAUGAAAAGAUGCUAUUUGGCCACUUUGAUAUUACAACAAGCGUCGAGAAAAUGAGAUUUAUUUCUAUUGUUAUGAACCUGCACUAAUUUCGUCAGGGUGUGAAUCUUGUGGAGUGAGUAGGCUGCGCUAUCUCUGUGAGAUUUAAUAAUGUUCCCCUGCAGCCUGCAAGUGGACAAUGUGACACCUGUGCUGUUGUUCCAAUUGUUGCUACAGAUGCUGUGCAGUAGGAAUGCUGUGCAGUAGUAUGGCCCAACAGUCUCCUUAAAACAAAAACAAGCCGCACCAAAUUUCAUAAAGUAAUAUAUCCUUUCACUUAACAUGUUGGAUUUUAGUCCAUUAAGAUCCACAUAUUAUUUCCUGCCAAAUCUGUGAAAAUAUGUAAAAAGAGAUCGCGGUUUCGAUCUGCCCCUUUGUCCAGACCCGAACUAUUAGUUAAUGGCUUCUUACUUGGCCUAUACCCCAUCAUUCCACCAAAUUUCCAUAAACUGGCUUAAGCAGUUUUUCAUAAUCCCACAAAAAAAAAAAAACCUCAAAACACCACCUUCUUGGUGGAGGUAGCAAACAACAUUCCAUUUGUCUUCAUUGUAUUUGGCUGCUGGUUAAACCAUCAGAGAACGACACCGCAAAAACCUGGGUCUGUCAAUCCCAAAUGAAAUGUCAAAUAGUUAGACAUCAAACUGUUUUCAUGAACUGAUGCUUUGAUUGGAGUACAGUAAAGUGUACAGCUGGAUCAUUUCUGAACCACAUAACCUCAUCUACAUUGUUUAAUUUUAAGUUUUGUUCUUGAUUUUUAUUUUUUGAAAAUGUUGCUGCUGACACCUAUGAUUUCAGUAUUUCAUAUAAAUGCAAGAGCAACAGGAAGCACGGCAGCCUCACCUUGUUUGCUUCUAUGCACUAAGACGGAAAUUCCACUAAUCAAUAUAUUAUUUUUGCUGCCCUGCACCUGGAUUAAUGAAGGUCUUUUGUACUGUGACAUUUUGUAUAGACAUCAGUCCUCAAUAUCUUCAGGCGAUGUCCUCCACUUUGAGUUGAGAAAUACAACUAUAGUGCCUUAGAUACCUAGACAAAGACAUUUCUGUGUUUUCUUAUUUGUUGCUCUGAGAUUUUCUUUUUCUUUUUUUUUCUGCAUAAUGUUUGUUGGGAGGACUCAGUUGUCAGUUGUGCCAUAUUCACUUCUCAGCCCUUGCUCCUACGAUGGUUAAUGAUGCAGUAUAUUUACAACUCUAGAGGCAUUAAAACACACACAAAGAUGAUGAUUUUAAUUUAAAAUUAGUUAAAUCUCGAAUUCAUAUGUGUGUGUGUGUCAGGGUUUGUUUGUUUUUUGUUGAAUCACUGUUGUUUAAAAUACUGAAGAGUUGACUUCAGUCUCACCUUGUUCCAAUGCACCUUGUGGUCAUCUUUGUUUUUGUAUAUACAGGAAAUGUAAGUUUCUUGAAGGAAGGAAAAAAAUAAUAUUUAUGUUAAUGUGACAACAGUGAAGCAUUAUUUUUGUCAAUCGUUCUGACAAACUUUAGUUGAAUAAAGCACCUUAGCACCUGUGAGUGAUUCUCUCUGGAGGUUUUUCAGCUCGCCAUUACUCCGACUGCUCAGUCUCAGCC